GCCUGGCCUCUUGCGCGCCGGGGGCCUCGGAGGACCCCAGCGACAGCUGUGGCGUAGAGCCGGGUGGACGCGGCGGCGGCGCCUGGAAGAGAUUGCACCGGUUGCCUGUGGGACGCACUUCUGUGGUAGCUCUCGCCACACUGGCUGAUUGCUGUGUACCUGGAGCCAUGUCUGUGAGCGAGAUCUUCGUGGAGCUUCAGGGCUUUUUGGCUGCCGAACAGGACAUCCGAGAGGAAAUCCGAAAAGUUGUACAGAGUUUAGAACAAACAGCUCGAGAGAUUUUAACUCUACUGCAAGGGGUCCAUCAGGGUGCUGGGUUUCAGGACAUUCCAAAGAGGUGUUUGAAAGCUCGAGAACAUUUUGGGACAGUGAAAACACAUCUAACAUCAUUGAAGACCAAGUUCCCUGCCGAACAGUAUUACAGGUUUCAUGAGCACUGGAGGUUUGUGUUGCAGCGCUUGGUCUUCUUGGCAGCAUUUGUUGUAUAUUUGGAAACAGAAACACUAGUGACCCGAGAAGCAGUUACAGAAAUUCUUGGCAUUGAACCAGAUCGAGAGAAAGGUUUUCAUCUGGAUGUAGAAGAUUAUCUCUCAGGAGUUUUAAUUCUUGCUAGUGAACUGUCAAGGCUGUCUGUCAACAGUGUGACUGCUGGAGACUACUCCCGGCCCUUGCACAUCUCCACCUUCAUCAAUGAGCUAGAUUCCGGUUUCCGCCUUCUCAACCUGAAAAACGACUCUCUGAGGAAGCGUUAUGAUGGCUUGAAGUAUGAUGUGAAGAAAGUAGAGGAGGUGGUUUAUGAUCUCUCCAUCCGGGGCUUCAAUAAGGAAACAGCAGCAGCUUGUGUUGAAAAAUAGGAGGCUCUCCCUGCUCCUGGCCUUGCUGACCCAGCAGUUGCCAGGGAUGGGUGAGCACAGAGUGCCUCUUUCCGUAGUUAGGAUGCCCAGUUGCUAAGCACUGUGCUUUAUUUUCUUAAUCAGUUGUGUGCUGUGAGUACCAGAAUCAAAACACUUUUGGGAGUUAAAAUAAUUAGCCUUUACACGGACAGAGUUUUCAUUGUUGUUUUGGUGAAUUUGCUCUGUAAUUUGUUGUAUUUCAGUUUUGUCAAAGAGUGUAAAUGUCAGUUUCUUGGUAAAGUCCUUUUCUUGCUUACUCUGACUGUUGAUGUACUGAUUGAGAAUUUAUUGUGUCAUCUGUGAUUCUUCCAGAAGUGACACUUAAUAUUUUCUAUAUUCACGUUGGCCAUCCAUUCCCAGGUGUAGCCUGGAUACAGUAUAAAAAUAGGUAAUUAAAAAGGAUGGUGACAAGCAAAGAGAACAUACUUUUUUCUUCCUUACUUUAAGCUUUGUGAGUAAAUCAGAUGUUGAAUUUUUUGCCAAGGGAAUUAUAGCCCUGGUUUCUUUCUCACUGCCAUCAAAAUCUAAAAGAUUAAAUUGCAAAAUCAAGCUCCAACAGAUUAUUUUGGAAGAUUUUUGUAUUACGGGAUUUAGUAACAUCUUAAUUGGUUAUACCAGGUGGGGAGUUGGGCUUGAUGUUCUAAAACACCUCUGCUUUCUGAUGUUGCCUUAACAUUCUGCUGUUGCAGCAAUUAAAAUAGUCUUCACACACAUCUUGAACUGACACUUAAUGUGAUAUAUUCUUAAUCUAUGAAACGUUUUCCCUAGCAGCCAGCUAGACCAAUUGGUCUGGGACUAUAAAGCUAUCCUUACGUGUUAAUUAGCAAUACCUCAGUGAGUAUGUUUUUAAAGAAUAAUGUUAUGCUUGGUCUUGAAGAAAGAUAAAACAUCAGCUUAAAAUUUUUUCUUAGUGCCCCCAUUUCCUCCCCACUUUCAGAUAAUAAUGAGACCUUGCCAUGUAACUCUUGCUGUUGAAUUGAAAUUACUAAAAUGGUGACUUAGGCUGGGUUGUAGCUCAGUGGUAGAGCACUUGCAUAGCAUGCCCACCCGUACAAUGGUGACUUAAUUCACAGUUCUUUGGCACUCUCUGAAAGGAAGUUGCUAAUGUUUCCAGAAUAAUAUGAAGUAUUCAAAAAUAUUACUGUUUCUUGCCUAAUACCAGUUUGGGCUUCCUCUUUGUGCGAUGGGAUAUUUGCCAUUGCUUUCAUAGCUUUGACCACACCAAAUUAAGGAAUGACUGCAUUUUUUUAUCCUGAGGAAACAAGUGGAAAAAAGGCAUGAGUAGUUUUGCAUGUUUGGCUUUUAGAACAAUUUUUUUGACAGUUCUUUUUGCAGUUUGUAGAAAAGAUGUUAGGUUGUUAAAAAUGCUUAGGAUAGUUGCUUAAAAUGUGCAGUAAUAGCAUUGCCUGGAUUGAGUAUAAAAGGAUUUUUUUUAAUGAUCAGAUACAGGCAGUAAAGUUCUUGCCAGAAGUUGUGGAUUUUGGGGGAGGGGAGGAUUGGUGGAAUGGGGCCUUGCUAUCUUGUCCAGGCUGUUCUUGAACUCCUGGGCUUAAGUCACCUCCUGUCUCAGUUUCCGAGCAGCUGGGACUACAGAGGCAUGCCACCUUGCCUGGCUCUUGAAAUUUCAGUUUUAACCCACUUUUAAGUGGAACACAUUCUGGUUUUCAGUUCUGUUUGAGAAUUUAGAAGUGUUGUGUUUAUAAUUAUUCAGUUAUAUUCACUGCUGGCUUGUAAAGCAAUAAAAUGCUUUUUUUUGGUCUUUGUAACUUAGGGUGCCGCUGUGAAAACUCUUCUGUGUGGAGAAUAAAUUUUUACUUUUUUUUGAGGUUGAAAACCCAGGAAUGAUAAGCAUGUGUUUUGUAGUGAUUACUCUAACCAAAAGAUACCAGCCAUUGUUGAAUGCUUUAUUAUAAACUGCAAGUGACAUUGUGUGAUCUGCCUUGAUGGGACUUCACUUGAUUGGGGAAGUAUUUGAGCUGAAUGUGUUGCGAUACCAUGCUGUUUCAUACAGCAGAAUUAACUUUUUCUUUUGUGGUCCCAAAGAUUGACCCCUGGGACUUGCACAUGGUAAGCAUGUGCUCUACCCUGAGCUAUAUUCCUAGCCCCCAGAAUUACUCUUAUCAGUUUUAGAAAAUAAAGUAGGUUAGAAAAUGUAGAGGUGAAGGAAGGGUUGUUUUUUCAUGGAUGUAUAAAAAGAAAACAAGACGUAAGUAUUUGGUGGGAUUUGUUCUGUGUUAAAUGAUAAUAUAAGUAAUGAAGGAUAGUUUCAUCAGUGUUUUGAGACCUUUACUCAUACAGGUGGCUGAAGACAUAAGACACUAUGAAAGUUGUGUACUCACAAAUUACAGCUUGCUUGUUUCUUGAUCUGAAGUGAACUAUUUGUUUUGGAUAGAGCAUCAUUGCCAUGUCUGAUACUGAAGUAAGACUUCUCGUUAGCCUGAAAUAAAUUUUCUUAAUAUA